AUGCUGACAUUCUAUGCCAUACUUGGAUUCUGUCCUGAUUUCAAUAUUAUCACCAUUGCCUUGGCAGACGGGAUAGGUGAAGGAAUACUCACUGUAUUGUUAUGGCAGGUGCUCGUGGACCUCUGUCCCGCCUCAUACAUAGGAACUCUUGGAGGACUGAUGUACCUAGUGAGGAACACAGUUACAGCGCUGACCUUUGUUGUAUCGGGAUAUGUACUGCAGAGACAAAAAACGACGGACGUAGAAGUCGAACUGGACGGUUACAACCAUUUGUUCCUUAUGUUGGUGAUGAUGUCGUCCAUUGGGGUGCUCUGUGGAGCGUUGAUGAAUAUACUAGAUACUUCAAAGGCCGGCGCGUUAAAUUCCAGGAUAACCAGAUGGAGACAAUCCAAUAUGGAAACCAUAGGACUAAUGUCGAUGACUGAACCGACCGGUCAGUACUGUGGGACUGAUGGGGUAAACAACACCACAGUGAGCGAUGACCAGUCAAUGAAAUCAUCAACAUGUAAAGAAAAUUGA